UUGAAUUUUCGGAUUUUUAAUUAUUUCCGGAUUUUAUGAGUUUUUAUUGUGAUUUGCUAGAUUUUGAUAGUUUUUAUCUAUAUUUAUUUAGUACAUUUUUUAAUUUUAGAUUUGAUUAGGAUUUAUGUUGUUUAUUUCAUGAUUUUAUCUUAAUAUAAAAUCUGUGAUAAGUGAUUUAAAUCAAUAAUACAUCUCAUCACCAAAAACCCUCUUAAAACCCUGCCUACCUCCACCAUCUCCUCCAUGGAAUUCAUCUCCUCCAUGCAAUUCUCAUCCCAUCUCUCCACUGAACGGAACCACCCCCACAAAAUCGCCUCAUCUCUCCACGGAACCACUUUGCCAUCAACGUGCAAUCGCAUCCCUCCGAUUUGCUGCCUUGGACUGAUUGGGAAGGUUACAGAUGGAGGUUUUUUUUUUAUAGAUAUUCCACCAAAAGAGAUUCUUUGGAAGCCAUGGAUGAACUACAUAUCAUGGAUGAGAUUUUACUGCUUAUCUUUGUUCGCUGAAGCUAUACUAUUGAGGUACAGAACGGCAAUGAGGUGCAUACCUCUUUCUGACCACACUCUCUGAUUCUCAGCUAGCUGACGAUGAAACAUGAUUGAUGACUCAAGAUCUUAUCUUGCUCUCAUUUCAAGUAAGCCACGAAACAUGUGAGACCAGUACUCAUGGAGGUUUUUCUCAGUCCAUUAUAUGUAUAUAUUCACCAGAUAAGAGAUAGAGAUGUGUGUUUGGUGUUGCACUACUUUGAUGCAUAUGUAUAUAUUCACCAGAUAAGAGAUAGAGACGUGUGUUUGGUGUUGCACUACUGUGAUGCAUAUAUAGUUUUACUGACUUAGUUCAUCAAUUCUACAUCUAUUUAUCAUCAUUACAUAUAUUAAAAGUCACUUUUCGAAGGCAAUAUUAGAUUUUAUAAUUAAUCAUUGUUCUACUAUGGUUCAAUUAAUCAAACUUUAGUGUGAUUGGAAGUCUUGCUUGCAUGAGUGUGUAAUUAUCACAUUACGAUUUAGUAUCAGCAUAUGUUUUUGAUUUGGUUAUUGUACUUUCAACAACAGUGCUACAUAAAGCAAAGAGUUGUUUUAGUCGGGUCUAAAAUUUCUAGGGGAGUUUUAUUCCAUUCAUCUUCUUUAGUAGCAUGUGAUUAGUUUCCCCUUACAAAUAGAUCUGAUUGGUUAUGGAAACCACUCGAAGGCCAUAGCCAAAAAGUGGCUUCAAUUCAUUCUUUGGCUUUCAUAUCUGUCUGCAAAUUUGAUUGCUAUCUUUGCACUAUCAUAGCUAGAUUGAUGUUGCACAUAUUGUUAUUAUGUUUGGUGGUCUUUAGUCUAUCCUACUCUAACAUGUCUAUCAAUCUCACUUCAUGAGUUCUUGAUUUUCUGUUACUUAGAAUGCAAAUACGGCUGGAAGCUGCUGAUUUGGAAGCAAGUUUCAUUUGAAUUAGCAUGAGUUCAUAUUAAUUCAUGUUAAAGUUGGACAACAAUCAGGAAUAGCACCUAGCAUUGCUGCUGAUUUGGAAGCAAGUUUCAUUUGAUUUUUUAAUUAGAAAUAAAUAUUUUAAUGAUUUAAUUUCAAAAUGUGAUACCUUCUUACUUUAUGAGGUGCUUUUUUAUGCCAAAGAACAGACUCUGAGAGAGAUUUUGAUGUAAAUGGAGAUUUUUCUUUCUUAUGUAAAUGUAAAUUGCAGUGAAAACAAAA